AUGGCUGGAUACGAUUGGUAUAAAUCAUUCCUCAUAAGGAAUCCGAUCCUGUCGCAAAGGAGAUCACAAAAUUUAAAUCCUGCACGGGCCCAAAAAUUAAAUCCGUUCAUUACUAUAGAUCAUUUCAAUAAAUUAGAAAAUAUUCUGAGGGCACUGGAUAUUAAAAACUCUCCAGAACGAAUUUUUAAUAUUGAUGAGAAGGGCUGCAGGCUGACGCUGCAUCACGGUCAAAGAGUUUUGGCAAAAAAAGGAUCUCGUCGUGUUCAUUUGAUUUCCAAUGAGCAUGCGGAAAAUUGCACUAUAGUGGCUUGUGUCAGCGCUCUGGGUCAUGCUGUACCGCCGCUCAUAAUUUUUAUGGGCUCGAGACUGAAAGAAAGCUACAAGGAACAUCUGCCACCUGGUUCUGCAGUUGCCAUGGCCGAGAAGGGCAGCAUGAACAGAGAAAUUUUUGUUCAGUGGCUACACCAUUUUUCAAAAUUUAAGCCAGCUGGUAGAAUUCUAUUGAUCCUAGAUGGCGCAUCGUGUCAUCUCGAUAUUUCUAUCGUAGAUGCAGCUGAGAAUUUUGAAAUGUCAUUAUACUGCCUGCCAUCCAACACCACUCAUGAAUUACAGCCUCUUGAUAAAGCUGUUUUCAGAGCAUUUGAACAUUACUGGGACUCCGAACUUUUGCGAUAUUGGAAAGAUAAUCCUACCAAUUUAAGAUCGAUCAAAAAAGAGAAUUUUGGAAAAAUACUCAAUCUCACCAGUCUGCCUGUUACUCAACUAGCCACUUCAACUGACGCUUGGUCAUCUAAUCAGCCUGCUACUCAACCUACCGGUCAGCAAACUUCAAAUUUGGUUAUUCAGCCUUAUUCUCAGAUCUCUUAUCAUUCUGUCACUGGACAAGAUGAAAUUUCAAAAAAAAUGACAAAUCUUUUGCCAACUCCAGAUUUUAGCAUAAAAAACAACUAA